GUGCGCUACGCAUGACAUCGCUUCACACAUCAUGGCGUCUGCGUUACUAACGAAAACAGUUGACUCUUGCAGUCUUCGCACGACGUGAAAGCCAGUCCGUUUUCUUUCUGGAAAUCGUGAUUUUUCUUACAGUUAAUAGCUGCUAAAACGUGUAAUUGCCAGAAACGUUCAACAUGGGUGACUUUGUAAAGGAAACCCAGGAUACUCUGGGGAAACUAAUUAAAAAGCCGCCACUUACAGAAAAAUUGCUUAGGAAACCACCGUUUAGAUUUUUACAUGACAUAGUCACAGAGGUUAUUAGAACAACAGGCUUCAUGAAAGGACUUUACUCUGCAACAGAAAUGGAUUCACAAAAUGUGAAGGACAAAGAGAACAAAAUAGCAUUCCUGCAAAAAGCAAUUGAUGUUGUUGCUCUUGUACAUCAGAAGCCUUUACCAGUGAAGCCAUCCAAGAUAGUGGCAGGCCAAGAGCCUGAGAGAACCAAUGAACUCCUGCAGCAGGUAGCCAGUGCAAUAUUAAAUAAGUUGGACAGCUCAGAUGCAGUAGCUCAAGUACUAGGUGGAAGCAGGAACGAAUCAGAAUCCAGCAAACCUCCCAGACCAGCCAAGGACGACGACAAGAUCAGGGACUCCAGUGCCGACAAGAAAAGGAGGGACAAGGAGAACAAGGACAAGAAAAGCAGCUCUGACAAUCGUGACAGAAGCUCCAGUCGGGACAGGGAAAAGAGCCGAGACAAGGAUCAGAAAAAGAGAGACAGAAGUAAAGAACGAGACCACCAUCGAGACAGGAGCAAAGACAAGGACCGGGACGGAAGCAAGGAAAGGGACCGCACCAAGGACCGAGACAGGAAGGGACGGGACAAAGACAAAGACAGCAGGGACCGCGACAGAGACCGCAAGAGGGACGGAGAGAGAGAACGCGACAAAGAUCGAGGAGAAACAGAUCGAAGCAAGGGGAAGGAAUCGGAGAGAGACCCAGAUAGAGAUCGGGAAAGAAGGGAAAGACGAAAACGUAAAGAGGAAGAAGACCGAGCUCGUCAGCAGCAGCAGAAUGGCCUACAGGAAGAUGAAGAGAGUGACGACACAGCAGAGGAUGCUAGGCCGGAACCUUCUGAGUCUGAGGAUGGAACGUCAUCCAAUCGGAUCCCCCGUCCGACGUCGGCUAAAGGGCAACGUCGUCGACCGAUGCACGGCAGUGACGACUCCGAAGGUGAAGAAGACACUGAUGGCACUGCAGGCCAGAAGGUUGGACAGGAUGACAGGAAUGACAUGGUGAAUGGUAACGACAUGUUACCUCCCCAGGUACAUGCCAGUCGCAGGAUGGCCCGACCAAGCAGUGCGAGACCAGCACCACCAAGAGUCAAGAAGCAAGAAUUAGCUGAGGACCCUGCAAUGAGAAUUGGCAGUGGAAAGCAAGUCACUAGUGUCAUUGUCGAUAAUGACCAGAAUUCUGAAGAUGAAGAUGACACGUUUGUUGUGGAGGAGACACAUCCAGUUGUCCACGAGGAGCCUCAGGUGCUGGGCAGCGAGUCCUUGGAAGAUGAUGGAGAGCACGGAGGACUCGUCAAGAAGAUUCUAGAAACCAAGAAGGAACUGGAAGGUACCAGGGCAGGAGAUAAAAAAGAUGAGAAGCCCAUCGUCAUGGACGCGGCCCGGCGCAAGGAGCGGGAGCGGGUGCAGCGGGAGGUGGAGAAGCUGACGGCGGCCAUCCAGUCGCUGACACGCAGCGCCAACCCGCUGGGCAAGAUCAUGGACUACCUGCAGGAAGACGUGGACAGCAUGCAGAAGGAGCUGGAGAUGUGGCGGAAGGAGAACCAAGAGCACCAGCUGGCCAUCAAGCGCGAGCAAGGCAUCACAGACUCGGAACUAGAACCCUUGAAGGCCCAGCUGACGGAGCUGGACCAAGGGAUCCAGGAUCAGCUGGACACCAUAGCAACCAUCAAAUCCAACCUCCUGCGGGGGGACGAGAAGAUUGCCAAAAUGGUGAGCACCGUGGCCAUUUCCUGAAGGUCCAUUCCUACGGAUCACAGUAUGGUUCAGGGAAAAUCUUGCAUCCGGGAAACCACUCUGUUUCAAUGUUUCAUAGCUUUUACCACGUCUUUCCAUACAAGUUGGAACUCCAACCCCACUGAGUAUUAAACAUUUGUUGACUGUUUUUACCCUGUGUAUGGAAUAAACUUUCAUUUAUUUCUAAUCCAAGCUUCAUAUUUUUUCAGUAAUCAGCGUUCUCCCCUUUAGAUGAAUCACUACACACUACACGCACAACUCUCCACAUUCUUGUGUUGUCGUAAUCUUGCAAAUCUGUUACCUAUUUACCCGGGAUGACGCUCAAGUAGCACUUGACUCUAGUCAGUGCAAUCAUUUGUGACAAGUGAUCAGUGAUUCUGCUGCAUGGAGUAUUAUAGACAUAAGGAUGGACCGUAAUGAUCAUUACCCCCACAAAGUGCCAAGUCUUGUUGGAGAAGAGAAGGUCCAUUUGGCUUUCACUGAAGCACCUUACACAGCAAUAGGGUUAAGACGAAUCCUUUAUCGUCAUUCAUUGUUCUUGUUAUCGCAUCCACUAACAUCCACUGUUACAUCCACUAACACAUCAUUCAAGCUUUGUGGAUACCUCAGUGACAACUUGUACAUUAUGUAAAUUAAGGUGAACAGACAAGGACAGAAACUGUACAGAAUGUUCUUUAUAGGAGUGCUUUUCUUUCUUUGGUAAAGUUUUAGAGAACUUGUCAGCCACUCGCAUUUUCGUGUUGUGUCUGGCUGUACAUUAGAUCAGUUAAUUCAAACGUCCACAGAAUGUAAUUUGUUUUGAAUCAGUCUCCUUGUCAACAAAAUCUUUGGAGAGAAAGUUUUCCAAAGAAGCCUAAUUUUUUCAGCCUAAUAUUUUGUACACUUGUACAUGUACGAUACAUUUUGUAUUGUGUUUUCUCUUGCUGUGUUUUACAUUCCAAGUAUAAUUUUUAUUUUCAGUUUUGUAGCUCUUCAAACAUGUUCUGUUUGAUGAUAUGCCCUUUCUUCGUGGGGUUUGGAAUUUUCAGAUCUGAAUGUUACCGGAAAUGUAACAAAACUAAGUGGUGUCAAAAUCCAGUUAGCUGCUUAGAAUAUGCAUUGUACUUGAAGAAAAGUGCUGAUUGUGUUGGACGUACAUGUAAUUGAAAUUCAAAGACCCACUCCCAGCAGAAUCUCUCUGAUAGGUGGAAAAUGAAAGAUCUUGCUAGGAUUGAAACACCAGCCCCGCCCUCCACAUUUUCAUCUCUGUGUAUUCAGGUCACUUCAGUUUUCAGCAGCAAUUUGUUUCGUAUUAAGCGCAAAGUGACACCACACUUUCUAUUCCGUGCAAGUUAAUUCAGGAUAGGUCCAUGGAAGUAUAAGCCAGCGCCCUGGAGAUACAUCCAGAGCCUGUCAGAGUCACGUGGAGAUUGUAUUGUCCCACUUCUUUCUUCUUUCAAACAAUCACACGAGUCCUCACUGAGUUUCUGUGGCUCUGAGCUUGUGUUAGGCUGUAUAAAAAAACAAGAACAGAAAUAUCUGAACAUCAUCUCUUGAAGACUUCUGCGGAAUCAUGUGUUACUUCAUACAACUUUGUUAUAUGCAAUCUACAUGUUAUAGUUAACAGAAAAUACAAGCGGGACUAACACUUCUUUGCUAUUUGUUCUGAACCUCAAAACCCCUCAUAUCUUAAUGCUAAUCCCUCCAAUGCCUUUACAAUCCACCAGAGUUUUAUAGUGGACUUUUACAGGAGCACAAAAAAUUCUCCUGCAGCCUAGCCAUUAGAAGGCUUGUUUACCUUGAAAGUCCGCAAUUACGGCUUAACUGCUGUCCUACCCAGAGGAAGAUUUGGGAAGAUGUAAAUGGGUUCUGUUGGAAAAAUACUUGGGGGUCGACAGUUGUUAGCAUUGGUGAGGACUUUGGUGAGGACUGCAGACUAACGUCAUUUUCUUUUUCUUUUUUUCGUUUUUCCACACAGGUGCUUUUUUUGGGUUUAGUUGCUUUGCUGCUUUGCUCUCAUGCUACAUUUUGCUUGCCUUGAGUUUAUUCAGUUUUUACACCAUUGUUGUAAAUUUGAGUAAAGCCCAAUGUUCAUGAUAUUCAUGGGUUUUUUUACAAAGCAAUCAAAGAUACACAUAGCAUUUAGAAGUGCAAGUUAAAUCAUGAGUUGUUUGUAUUCCAAUUUCUGAAGUAUUUGACAUAAGGCAUGAAUUAAUUGAAUCAGGAAUUAUUCGUUUCCCCAUGUUCUCAAGGAGUUUACUGUACUGAUGAAUUUAGAUUUGAUUUUGGUGAACAUGCAACACAAAUCACUCAUUUACAUCACAUGUAUUUAGUCAAGAGUUUGCUGGGCAGGAUUGUACCUCAGUGUAUUGAACAAAGUGUUUGUGAACUGCAUAUUCUUUAGAGUGUUCUGUUGUGCAUUUUUCAAAUAGAAACCUGAUUUUAAAUUGACGUGAUUUCUGGGACUUUCAGUAAUAGUUGAAGACCCUGAACUGUUGGAGUUCUAAGGUCAUGGACUUUGGCAGCUCUUGCAAGAAAUUAGUGAACGAAUCUUUGGGGAAAAAAAAGAUUGAACUUUGAUAUUUUGGGACUACUUAUGCAAAUGAACCGUUGACCAUACACUGCCCUCCUCGUUCUGGAAUUGAUACAUUUUUAUUAAUCCUGCACAUAUACAACACUUUGCUCAGCCAGGGUAGUACAUUAAUACCCAUGCUUUUCAGACCCACAAACAUUCCACCCAGGCUUGUCAGGGUGCAUACAGCCCUGUCCUGCAGUUUAGGGGGAGUUUACUUUGGUUAAAUCUCACAUUUCAGACGCUACUGACACCCAGAUGGUCAGAGCAACAAAGAUCAUAGUCAUCAUGUACAAGCUUCCCUGGGACGUGUUCAUGAUUUUCUUGUUUUAUUGCUUCUCGGGCAUGGCAUUAAAGGUUAGGGGAUAAGCAAGGCUUGCAUAAAUUGUAAUUUCCUCCUUUGAACUUGUGAAUGUUUAGUUGUGAUAAACAGUCUUGCUCAGGAGCCCAAGCCCCUGCCAGUGGUCGGUAGAAUUACCAACCAGAUCUGAAGUUCAAAUUGGGGUAUUCUGUGCCACCGAGGUUGAUUUUUUUUGGCUUUUGGGAACAGCCUAUAUGCUCCAGACAGCUACAGUAGGCUGUGACAUGCAAUUUCACUGUGUUCAGCACCACAUUUGCUGAUGGUAUUCUGUUAUCGCCAUGCCUACGGGAGGCUUUCUCACAAUAUGUACCUGUAGAGUAAAAACUGGGUCAGGUUCACAGAUCUGCCAAAAAUGAAAACAAGGAAUACAUCAAUCGGUGAGCGCAGAAAUCAGUGCUUUAGCUGAUAACCAAAAUUCUUGGAUGUGUGUUACCUGUUUGGGUAGCUAGUUAUUUGUGUUAGGCAUAGGCAUUUUCUGAACAGUUUGGCUGUCUUGCUAUACUGAGGAAUUUUUUGAGCUGCAGCACAGAGAUGUACGUUUGUGCUCACUUUGCAUAAUUAUGUCUGUGGUGUAGUUUGCCUGGCAGGUGUACAUGUCAGUUAAACAUGUAAUUUUAUUUCUUUCAGCAGGCAGGCAAUGAUUCCAUCUGUUUCACUCGUUUUGCCUGUUCCAUAUUUUAUUAUAGAAUUACUUGAUUAUGUGUAGUUGGCGAUACCUGCUGUACUGUUUUGAUUGUACAUAAUGUAAAAUAUAGAAUUUGGGAUUUUUGUGUUCUUGAAAUGCAUGUGCAAAAGUAAUACAUGCAUGAAGACUGCCGACUUCAGUUGGGGGCAUGUCACAAAAUUGUCGAGGCACUGUUCACUUCAGAAAUCUUCUGACAUUUGGAGACAGAAAACCUUGUGGUUUUUUUCAGCAAUUGGGCCAAUGUAAGGAGUUAAUUAUCAUCUUGGGCAACUGCUAAUGGCGAAUUCCCCUGUAUAUUGACCAGGUCAUGAUCUGCUUGGUGACUUCUGAAUAUACGCCAAAAUUUGCUCACAGUCACUUUCUGCAAGUCAUCACCAUGACACUACAGUCAUUUGCAAAAGUUUAAGACCACCUUGAAUUUUAUUGGUAUUUCUGUCACUGGGCCUGCAUUACAUUGUCUCAUUGAAUGAUUACUUAACAAGUUUUUACAGUGAUGCAUAACAUCAAUGUAGUGAUUAUACCCAUUUGAACGAAAUUUUUUUCAAAGGCAGGUCUUGUAUGACAUUUUGUCUGUAAGGCAGCA